CGGUUGGCAAUCGUGAAAACAAAAGACGACACAUGGCGUCCUUUUCUCUGGUUACGUGUCACAUGUGCGUCUUUUUUUGAAUUCAAAGUUCUUGGCCAAAUAUAUUUCUAAAAAAAGACUAAAAGUUAACAGUAUAGCUUUUCAACUACAAACUAAACCAUAACCGGUAUUUUUUAGGAACUACAAAAUGAAGAAUCUUGCUUCAGGAGAUAUUUGGAUUUCUAAAAAGAUCUACGACGAUGCAGAAACUGCCUACUAUGAAAAUGCUGCCAAGGCAGCUCUAACUCCUUUGGCUGGGGAAGUGGCCAAAGCACGACAGAAGUUGAUUGAGAGUAGAGAUACAUUUUCUAGUGAUGUAGCCAACAUUCUAUCAGUUGAUGUUGGAGCAAUCAAAUUCAUCGAAAAGAAAGUUGUUGCAUUAGAAAAAGUUUUUAGUGAGGUCUUAGACAAAGUGAAAUUGCUCGAGAGUCGAUUAACUGUUUUGGAGAAAGCCAAUGCAUCUGUUCACUCGGUCCAUGAAAUAAAUGUUCAAAAAGCUCCACAGAUUGAAGAGACUGCUUCUAAGCCUGCAGAUGAAGAUGAUGAUGAUAUUGAUUUGUUUGCUUCUGAUUCAGACGAAGAGUCUGCUGAGGCUGCCAAAAUUCGAGAGGAAAGACUUGCUGCUUAUGCUGCCAAAAAAUCGAAGAAACCAGCCCUCAUUGCUAAAUCAAAUAUUAUACUUGAUGUGAAGCCUUGGGAUGAUGAAACUGACAUGAAAGUCAUGGAGGAAAAUGUCAGAAAAAUUCAGACUGAUGGUUUGUUAUGGGGUGCUGCAAAAUUGGCACCUUUAGCUUUUGGAAUUCAUAAGCUUCAAAUAUCUUGUGUAGUUGAAGAUGACAAGGUUUCUAUAGAUUGGUUAACUGAACAAAUUGAAGCACUCGAGGAUUUUGUUCAAAGUGUCGAUAUAGCUGCUUUCAAUAAAAUUUAAACUAAUUUAAUUAAUUGUUUCAUUCUUAAAAUAAAGUAUUUUUCAGUU